AUGUCGCCCGCGGACGCGCUCGCGAGCGAUUUCGCGCGCACGCAGAUCGCCGCCGCGAAGGCGACGAUCGACGCGAUCGAUGCGAUCGACCCGAAGCUGACGUAUCGAACCGUGCGCGCCGUCGCGGGUCCGCUGGUGAUUUUAGAUCAAGUUUCGAACGCAAAGUACGCCGAAAUCGUCAACGUGAAGCUCGGCGACGGCACGCUCAGGCGCGGACAAGUGCUCGAGGUCGAUGGUGAACGCGCGGUGGUGCAGAUAUUCGAAGGCACGAGCGGGAUCGAUGGGAAAAGGACCGAGUUGGAGUUUACGGGGGAAGUGCUGAAGACGCCGGUGAGCGAGGAUAUGUUGGGACGGAUCUUUAACGGAUCUGGGAAUCCCAUCGACGGUGGACCGCCGGUGAUGGCGGAGAAAUAUUUGGAUAUCCAAGGGGCGAGCAUCAAUCCGAGCGAAAGGACGUACCCGGAGGAGAUGAUACAGACGGGAAUAUCGACCAUUGACGUGAUGAAUUCCAUCGCUCGAGGACAAAAGAUUCCAUUGUUUAGUGCGGCGGGUUUGCCGCAUAACGAGAUUGCGGCGCAGAUUUGUCGACAAGCUGGAUUGGUGAAACGGCGGGACGAUGAGGGGCGAGAGGUGGAGGGGGGAGACGCGGGCACGUCGGCGGGCGAAGACGACUUCGCCAUCGUCUUCGCGGCGAUGGGGGUCAACCUGGAGACGGCAAACUUUUUCCGUCGUGAUUUCGAACGGACUGGAAGUUUGGAGAAAGUUGUUUUGUUCCUGAACCUCGCGAAUGAUCCCACGAUUGAGCGAAUCAUCACUCCGCGCAUCGCUUUGACGACGGCGGAAUACCUGGCGUACGAGUGCGGGAAGCACGUCUUGGUGAUUUUAACCGACAUGUCUUCCUAUGCCGACGCUUUGCGCGAGGUCAGCGCGGCGCGCGAGGAAGUCCCGGGGCGAAGAGGUUAUCCUGGUUAUAUGUACACCGAUUUAGCUACGAUUUACGAGCGAGCGGGUCGAAUCAAAGGACGAAAAGGUUCAAUCACGCAGUUGCCGAUUUUAACCAUGCCGAACGACGACAUCACGCACCCGAUUCCAGAUUUGACGGGAUACAUCACCGAAGGGCAGAUUUACAUCGACCGCCAGUUGCAUAACCGACAAAUCUACCCACCCAUCAACGUUUUGCCAUCGCUCAGUCGUUUGAUGAAGUCUGCGAUUGGCGAAGGCAUGACGCGUCGCGACCACGGCGAAGUCUCCAACCAGCUCUACGCCAACUACGCCAUCGGCAAAGACACCUUGGCUAUGAAAGCCGUCGUCGGCGAAGAAGCGUUGAGCUCCGAUGAUUUGCUUUACCUCGAGUUCUUGGACAAAUUCGAGCGCAAGUUCAUCAAUCAGGGUAACGAAGGACGGAACAUUUACGACGCCUUGGACCUCGCGUGGUCGCUGCUUAGAAUUUUCCCGCGCGAGCUCUUGAAGCGCAUUCCCGCCAAGACGCUCGAUCGAUACUACGACCGCGCGGCUUGA